CAGAGUUACGGCCCUUAUUUCUUCAGCUCAGGCUUCUCGAAUUAUUUACGUUGAACCGUCACUGUGUAACAACGACCGAGAACAAAAUGGAGAAUUUUGCACGAGGUGGUCGGGGUGCCACCUUGCUACAAGCCCUAAAAAAGAAGCAAGAAAUGCAAAAAUCUGCUGAAUUAUCCCGUUUUGGACGUGGCCUUGCCUUAACACGGGCAAUGGAAGCCUGUACAAUGAAAGAACAGUCAGAUUCUGAGAGUCCACUUCCAGAACCUCUCUUGCCUACUACUGUGUCCAUAGGUCGUGGAUUGGCAGCAAUGCAGGCUUUGACUAAUGCUGCCAAAAAGCAACCCAGUGAAAGAACUUUGGAUUCCUCUUUGCCAUCAAAUGCUCCAGCUGUUGGUAAAAAUAACUCGCAAGAUCUCUCAAAACAAAGCAGUGUUUCAGUUGAAGACCUCUAUUCUUCAAAGAACGACCAUUCUGAAUCACAUCGAGGCACCAAUGGUAAAAAGAUACCACUGUCUGCUAAUUAUAUAAGAAUUAAGACUAGAAAUGAAGGAGUGUUCCAGUAUCAUGUGUCAUUUAACCCUGAAAUCGACAGCAAAAGUGUUCGCUACAAGAUGUUGUAUGAACAUGUUGAUGUAACAGGCAAAACUCGAGCUUUUGAUGGCGCAAUACUUUACCUUCCAAUUAAGUUACCAAAUCAAGAAACAGUGUUGACAUCAACACGUCUGUCUGAUGGAGAGAAAAUUACCCUCACUAUCAAACUGGUUAAAGUCUUGAAAUCUGAAUGUUGUAUACCGUUAUACAAUAUCAUGUUCCGUCGUGUGAUGAGUAUACUGCAAAUGAAGCAAGUUGGGCGCUACUACUACAACCCAAACACACCAACUUCUGUACCACAACAUAAAUUAGAAAUUUGGCCUGGUUAUAUUACUGCGAUCAAAGAACACGAAGGUGGUCUCCUGUUAAUGGCAGAUGCUUCUCAUAAAGUGCUCCGCAAAGAGACAGUUCUUGAUGUAUUGGUUUCUUUGGUGCGACAAGAUGCUGCUCGUUUCAGAGACAAUGCCAUGCGAACAAUAGUUGGGUCAGUGGUGCUUACCCGCUAUAACAACAAGACAUAUAGAGUUGAUGAUAUUGCAUGGGAUAUGAGUCCAAACAACAAAUUCGUUUCUUCAGGUUCAAAAGAAAGCAUUUCUUUUAUAGAGUAUUACAGAAAGCAGUACAACCGAGAAAUUAGUGACACAAACCAGCCACUUCUCAUACAUAAACCAAAGAGAAAAGCUUUACAACAUGGGGAUAGUCCUGUAAAGAGUGAAUUAAUCUGUCUUAUCCCAGAGUUCUGUUAUAUGACAGGUUUAACUGAUGACAUGCGGUCUGACUUCAGGGUCAUGAAAGACAUUGCAGCUCACACACGAGUGACACCAAUGCAGAGACAGCUAACUUUGAACCGGUUUGUUGACGCUAUCAAAUCUAAUGAAGAUGCAAUGCAACAACUGACUAACUGGGGUCUUUAUUUUGAAGAUGCUAGUAUUCAGAUUGAAGGAAGAUAUUUCCCACCAGAGAGGAUAAUCAUGAGGGAAAAAGAUUUCAAUGCCUCUGAAGAAGCUGAUUGGGGACGUGAUCUGAGCCGUGCAGCUGUCAUAACCCCAGUGCCUUUGCAGAACUGGGUAGUGAUAACUUGUAAACAAGACAUUGGAAAGUCGAAAGACUACAUAUCUAUGAUGAUGAAGGUGACAGGACCGAUGGGAAUUGAUGUUUCCCAACCCAAGUUGAUUGAGACCAGAGACCAGCGUACAGAGACACUGAUUCGUCUUUUAAGAGAAACUAUCCAUAAGAAUCUUCAACUUGUUGUCAUUAUUUUCCCAACAAGCCGUGAUGACAAAUACAGCGCAGUUAAAAAGUUAUGCUGUGUUGAGUGUCCUGUCCCAUCACAGGUCAUUAUUGCCAGGACUAUCAGUCAACAGCAGAAGCUACGCAGUGUUACCCAAAAAAUUGCUCUUCAGAUCAACUGUAAAUUAGGAGGAGAUUUGUGGGCUUUGAGCAUUCCUUUGAGUGGUAUAAUGGUUAUAGGUAUUGAUGUGUACCAUGAUUCUUCGAAAGGUCAUCGAUCAAUCGGUGCAUUUGUAGCCAGUACUAACAACAAUUUGACUCGGUGGUUCAGUAGAGUCUGCUUUCAGCAACCCAACCAGGAGUUGAUUGAUGGUCUCAAAACCUGCCUAAUUGGAGCUCUCAAGAAAUAUCACGAGAUGAAUCACAUUUUGCCUAAGCGUAUUGUUGUAUUUAGAGAUGGCGUUUCUGACAGCCAGUUAUCAGUUGUGUCUGGUUACGAGGUUGAGCAACUUUCCAAGUGUUUCCAGCAUUUUGGUGAUACCUACAGUCCUUUACUCUCAGUUAUAAUUGUACAGAAAAGAGUUAACACAAGGAUAUAUAUAAAUCAGAGAAAUCAAGUAGAUAAUCCAGCUCCUGGAACCAUUGUAGAUCAUAGCAUUACAAGGAAGAAUUGGUAUGACUUCUUCCUGGUGAGCCAGCAUGUACGGCAAGGAACUGUCACUCCCACACAUUACAUUGUUGUCCAUGACACGUCUGCAAUGAAAGUAGACCAUGUUCAGAGAUUAACAUACAAAAUGACACACUUAUAUUAUAAUUGGCCUGGAACAAUCAGAGUACCAGCUCCAUGUCAGUAUGCUCAUAAAUUGGCUUACCUUGUUGGCCAGAACAUUCAUAAAGAGCCAUCUCACAGUCUGGCAGAUAGACUCUAUUUUUUGUAAAAAGCCAUCAUUCAGCAAAUGACACACACAAGGUUUGUCUCCAGCCAUGGAUCCUGUUUUGGAGUUGUUUUUUUUUUUUACUAGUCUCAUGUUUGUGCUUUUAAUGUCUGAUAUCAUCUUGAGAGCAUUUUCAUCAAAGAAUGUCUUCAGCUACAGAAAGUCAACAGCUGCAGAAUUUUAGAACCUUUACCAAUUUUUUUUUUUUUAUUACCAUUUAAAAGCAGUUGUCUUUAUUUUUACAAUGGUAGCCAAGGGGUUUGUACAAAAUCUUUUGGCUAUUGUAAAAGACUGUUUGUAAAAUCUUGGACAUUAUUUUCUUCAUAUAUUUUGCUAAUGCCAAUGCAUUUUAGCUGACCAAAGAAUAUUGGGACAAUGUAAAGAGUUAAAGAGACUUUUAAAAAAAUGAAAGAAGGCUGUAUUUUAUUUACAGGAAUGCUUCAUUUGGGAAGGCUGGAAACAAACUCCAUUAAUCGAGUUUGGACUUAUUUUGUUCUUCAUCCAUUCCUCAGGUAUCCCCAAAACACAGGACUUGACUGGCAUUGUCUUAGGGCAUGAUUAAAGCUAUUAUAUUUUUAUGAUUCUGUUUUCUUAUUUCGUAAUUAGAAGUAGUUUUAAUAUAUUUUGUGUUUGUUUAGAUCAUCUUUUAUUUUAUAGAGAUGUAAAGUUUGUGUUGGCAUUUGAUAAGGACAAGUGGUAAAGUUAAAACCCAACAUAUUUAGGCUAGUUUUAAGCAUCUCCUGUCAAGCUGUCUAUAUUUCUUUUCUCUCUAUAUAUGUUUUCUUAUCCAACUUUCCCUCUUUUUCUGUUUUCCUCUCUGACUUUCUCUUUAUUCUCUAUAUGCUAUCUCUCUUUUUCUCUCUCUAUCUGUCUUGUGCUUUUCCUUUAUGCAUGUCUGUCCUUUUUUUCUCAAUAUCUGCCUCACAUUUUUCUUUCUAUAUGUCUUUGUUUUUUUAUAUUUCUCUAUGUCACUCUGUCCCUUUUUUUCUAGAUUUCUCUCUAUUUGUCUGUCCCCCCUUUUUUUUUGUGUCUGUAUUUUUCUUUCUUUCUAUAUCUGUCUGUCUGUCACACACACACAUAUACUUACAUUUCCACUUUAUGAAUAUAGCAUUUAAAUAGAUAUUGUGGCCAACUUUUAAUUGAAAGUUAAAGUUAAGAAAUAUUAGCGUAAAAUUUGAAUGAAACAUUGAAGAAACAAUUUUUUUUAAUUAUGCAAGGCAUAAUUAUUUAAUAAACUUUCAGCAUUUCACCAGAUUAAACUAUUUUAGUAAAAUUUCUGAUUCAUUGGCAAUCCAGUUCUUAAUGCCAAAUGUUCAGAAUGUAAAUGGUAAAAGCUAAUUAAAUUGACUGCAUAAAAGUAGUGGACUGAGCAAAGUUGAACCGUAUCCAUCUUUCAAGGUAUUAUUUCUAAUCUAGGCUCAAGUAUUCAUUUUUAGGAGGAGGCAGAAGAGGAGGGCUAUAAUCAAUUUAAUCGAUCACCCCCACCACCCCUCAUCUCUUCAUCUUCAAUAUUUGACUGAUUCUUAUUUUAUUAACUUUGGAAGGAUGAAAGGCAAAGUUGGUCCCUAACUUCCCACCUCUGUAGGGUUUAACCUCUUUAAUUUCUCAUUUUAGCAUUUAAUUGACUAAAUCCAGUUACGAUAGCAAUGAGGUUACAAAGUUACAUUUUUAGCAAGUAAAAAAAAAAAAAACCUCCCUAUCAUAUUCCACAGACCA